AUGAGCCAGACAGAUCAGAAAGUGCCCCAGACGGCUGUCCCUGGCCAGUACCUUAUGGCUGCAGUUAAAGACGAAAACGGUGUGGUGCAUCGCUACUUCCCUGGAAAAGGCACGGUUUCGUCUACUGUCCAAUUGGAGAACGAGGCUGCACAGCUCAUUCUGGCUACAGUGCUAGGCCUGGUGGUUAUCCAGCAGCUUGUGGAUAAAAAGGAGGAGGAAGAGGAAGAAGAGGCCAAGAAGGAAAAGCAGUUUUUGGUUUCGGUCAUUCCUGGCACAGACUAUACGAGUUUCGCUAAGGAAGUGGACUCUGACGCUCAGGCCGCUGUUUCUGCUACGGCGACGAAUCUUCCUCGAGAAGGCGAUGUUGUUUUGGUGAAGGUGAUCAGACUCAAUCCUAGACAAGCUACGUGUGAGAUUCUUUGUGUCGAGGGCUCAGGUAACGUUUCUGCUGAUUCGGGAAUGGGCUCUAAUGGUACUUCUGCUCAGUACUCAGUUCCUAUGGGCGGUGGUUCCCAGCUUCUAUCGUCGUAUGGCGCUGUGGCAUCGUUUCAAGGCUCUCUUGCUGGUGCUCAGCCUGUAGACGUUGGUGAAGCUUUCCGUGGUUUGAUCAGAAGUCAGGACGUUAGAUCAACCGAAAGAGAUAAGGUGAAGAUCGUGGACUGUUUCCGUCCUGGCGAUGUGGUUAGAGCGCUGGUUCUUUCGCUUGGUGACGGUUCGAAUUAUUAUUUGACUACGGCCCGUAACGAUUUGGGUGUGAUUUUUGCCAAGAGUGAAGGCGGUGCUGGUGAAAGAAUGGUGGCUAUUGAUUGGGAAACCAUGGUCUGUGAAAAGACCGGCGUCACCGAAAAGAGAAAGUGUGCCAAGUUGUUUGCCUAA